CCACACUACAUAAUUCACUACUGCUUUUCUCCUUCUUCCUUUCCUUAAGGCAUUAUUUAUAUAUAUACAUACCAAACGACAGUCACAGUUUCAUUCUGGUUACAAAAAUAGAACAAAAAACAAACAGACCAUAAGAAAGACUAUUAAUGGCGGCAGUGUCAACCUUAACAGCUAUAGCAGGCGAGACGGCUCUGCGUUCGAGCUUCAUCAGAGACGAAGACGAGCGUCCCAAAGUGGGGUAUAAUGUGUUCAGCAGCGAAAUCCCAAUUAUAUCCCUGAAGGGCAUUGACGAUGUCAAUGGCCGGCGGGUGGAAAUCUGCGACGAAAUUGUGAAGGCGUGUGAGGAUUGGGGAAUCUUUCAGGUGGUUGACCAUGGGGUCGACGCCGGUUUGGUCUCGGAAAUGACGCGACUUGCCAGGGACUUCUUCUCCUUGCCCGCCGCAGAAAAGCUCCGGUUUGAUAUGUCCGGCGGCAAGAAAGGAGGCUUCAUCGUUUCCAGCCAUCUUCAGGGUGAAGCUGUGAAAGAUUGGCGAGAAAUUGUGACCUAUUUCUCAUACCCCAAGAGUGCGAGGGACUAUUCAAGGUGGCCAGACAAGCCAGAAGAAUGGAGGGCAGUGACGGAAAAAUACAGUGAAAAGCUUAUGGAGUUGGCCUGCAAAUUGCUAGAGGUUCUCUCAGAGGCAAUGGGGUUGGAGAAGGAGGCGUUGACAGAGGCAUGCCUUGAAAUGGACCAAAAAGUGGUUGUGAAUUUCUACCCAAAAUGCCCUCAGCCUGACCUAACCCUGGGGCUAAAGCGACACACGGACCCAGGAACCAUCACCCUGCUGUUACAGGACCAGGUGGGAGGUCUUCAAGCCACCAAGGAUGGUGGCAAGACUUGGAUCACUGUCCAACCUGUGGAGGGUGCUUUUGUUGUUAACCUUGGUGACCAUGGCCAUUUUUUGAGCAACGGGAGGUUCAAGAAUGCGGAUCAUCAAGCGGUGGUGAACUCGAAUAGCAGCAGGCUGUCUAUAGCGACCUUUCAAAAUCCAGCGCCCGAGGCGAAGGUGUAUCCCUUGAAGGUGAGGGAAGGGGAGAAGUCUAUUUUAGACGAGCCAAUGACAUUUGCAGAGAUGUACAGGAGGAAGAUGAGCAAGGACCUUGAGCUUGCCAAGCUCAAGAAGCUGGCCAAGGAGCAGCAGCAAAUCCCAAACACCACCACUCAACGCUUGGAGACUAAACCCAUUGAUGAAAUAUUUGCUUGAAUUAAUUCUUACGCGAAUCGAUCGAUCGACUUUGUGUAAAAGGAACUUGCAUUGGUUUUAUGAGUUUUGCCAAUAAAACUUUUGUAGAAAUAAAUGGUUACGCUUCAUCAUUUUGUGCAAAUUUUUUGUUCCAAAGUUGCAUGAGGCAAAGGAUUUUCCUUGUUAGAAGGAUAGCUUGAUUUUACUGCAUAUAUAGAUCAUAUAAUUCAUGUAAGUUUGUGUUUUCCACCUCCAUUUCAGCUCAUUUUUAAUAGAAUUAUGAUGAUAGACAAUUACAUUACAUGUAGCCUUGUAUGGAGGAAGAACUGAAGUCAAUUGAAUAAGAAAAUUAAUCAUCUCAUUUGAAUUGCUAUCAAUUUGAGUGUUUUAGUUCAUGCAUUUGAUUUACUAUAAGUGACGUCAACCGUUAAUCAAAGUUUA